AAGACAAAACCGGUCCCAGCAUUGGCUGUUUUCACAUUUUUACAUUCUGGCUUUUUGUGUGUGUUAUCUCCCGCCUUUAGUGUAAUCUAAAUUCUCAUAAAUCUAACUGAGCUGCUGAUUAGUGCAGUUUAAUGUACAUUUUUUGUAAUUAAUCAUUUAUUUGUAGUUUGAGUGGUUCAGUUCAGUUUAAUGUAACUUGGUUAGCAAGCUAACGUUAGCUAGCUAGGUUAGUUAACGUUAGUGCAGUUUAAUGUAGUUCAGUAUAAUUCUGUUUAUUUUUUGUUCAGUUUAAUGCUAGUUUAGAGCAGUUUUGUGGUUUAGUUUAGUUUUAGCUCUGCUUCACGCAGAGCUGCCGUGUACAAUGACAGCAAAUCUCAUCGUCGUAGUUAUUUAAUCCUAGAUUUUAAGUUAAAUAUGGAGGAUGUCGAUGAAGAACCAAGCAGCCCUGAGGGAGAAAAUCCUAUAAAUGACAAAAUAUGGUGUUUAAAACGAGUUGGGAAAGACACCGGCUGGUUACGGCUGAACGAAAACUCUGAGGUUACCAUAGGCCGUGGCCUGAAUGUCACCCAUCAGAUCCUGUCAGUAAGUUGUCCACUGAUGAUCUCCAGAAACCACUGUAUGCUAAAGCAGAGGGAGGAUGGACAGUGGACAGUCACUGAUAAUGAGAGCAUAAAUGGAGUGUGGGUGAACGGAACACGUAUUUCCACUCGGAAACCUCACGUCCUACAGCAGGGCGAUGCUGUGAGGUUAGGUGUCCCUUUGGACGGCAAUCCGGUCGAGUUUGAGUACAUCCUGGUUCACCGCAGACUCAGCAAAAUCAAAGAUUUCUUGACUAAGGCUGUUGGCACGGAGGCCGUAGCAAACAUCUCUGUCCCUAAACCCAAAAAGUCGAAGCGUAAGUUUGGCACGGAUGAAGUGGAAGCAGGAACCACGCUGGAUUCCAAGAGCAAGCUUUAUCGCAGUUCCAAUACAGACAAGUCCAGUGCCCAGCCGUGUCCGACGGCAGCAGCACAUCAGAGGGUCUUACCUGCCUGCAGGGGGCCUGAUGUCCCACCUGGAAGCUCCACCCACUGCAGUGAUAGCAGCCAGCAGCUGGCCACCCUGCAGCGCUACAAUAACAACCUGCGAGCGCUGAAGGAACGAAUGGGGGCCACUCAGAAACGGGCGGCCAAGCUAGCAGGGCAGGAACGUGCCAGCCCGGAGCAGCAGAGGAAGAUGCAGGAGCUGCAGGAACAGAUGGAGGUUUUACGAGGCCAGCUGAACUCCCAGCAGGAAAUGGCCCUACACCGUGUGGAGAUGCUGGAGAAAUCCAUCUGUGAGGAGGAAAGGAGACUUGAGAUCCAGCAAGCCCAACAGAAUGAAGAUGGUCUGAAGAAACAGCUGGAGGAGGCGUUAAAAGAGCAACGAAAAGUGAUCGAAGAGCUCAAACAUGCAAGGGAAGGAUUUAAGGAGGUCCUACAGGCCAAAGACAAGGAGUUGGAGGUUACCAAGGAGGAGAAGGAGAAGGCGAGAGCACAGAAGGAGGAGGUUGUCACACAGAUGACAGAAGUGCUAGAAAAUGAACUGCAGUGCAUUAUCUGCUCUGAGCUUUUCAUCGAGGCUGUGACGUUAAACUGUGCGCACAGUUUCUGUCAGCACUGUAUCGGAGACUGGCGGAGACGAAAGGAUGAGUGUCCGAUCUGCAGGCAGGCCAUCCUCUCCCAGACACGCUCUCUGGUGCUGGACAAUUGCAUCGACCGCAUGGUGGAGAACCUCAGCGCAGAGAUGAAGGAGAGGAGGCUGGCUCUGAUCAGGGAGAGGAAAGGUGAGAGGUCAGAGCAAAGCCCCGUCUGUGGCAGUGGUAGUGAUCCAGGACAGCAGCAGCAGUGACGGUGACUUAUCGGUCUACUCGUCCACAGAGGGCUACCUGGUCAACCCCAGGUUUCCGUACUGCAUCGACUCCAGUGACUCAUCUUCAUGGAGUGAUUAAAACCAAUUACAGUGUUGUAGCGAUACACUCUCACACUUAGAAUUUGAAAUGUUUUUUGUUUUUGUUUGUUUUUUACUUGGUUGUAGAUCAGUGUACCAUAUUGUUUUCUUCUCUUGUAUAAAUAAAGCAGGUUUAUUUGUUUUUGCAUUCAGCUA